AUGACUGCGUGUAAGAUUGAAACAGUUAAGGCUAUAAUAAAGAAUAUAAAUAAUGACUACUUUGCUUUAUUGGUUGAUGAAUCUAGAGACGUGUCACGCAAAGAGCAAAUGGCUAUUUGUCUAAUAUAUGUUGACAAAAGGGGGUUUGUGAUGGAGGCAUUUAUUGGACUUGUUCAUAGUAAAGAUACUAGUGUUUUAUCUCCAAAGGAAGCAAUUGUAGAUGUGCUUCCUCACCAUUCUUUAACUUUAUCUAAUGUACGUGGGCAAUGUUAUGAUGGGGAAAGCAAUAUGCAAGGUGAUCUAAGUGGUCUUAAAACGUUGAUUAGACAAGAAAGUAGACCGGCUCAUUCUGUUCAUUGUUUUGCUCAUCAACUUCAAUUGACUCUUGAUGCGGUUUCUAAAAAGUAUGUUCAACUACAAGAACUUAAUGACCAUUUCAAUGAGGUGACAAGUGAUUUUCUUAAUGGAGUAUCUUGCUUGAAUCCAAUUGAUUCAUUUUCUAGUUUUGACAUAGAUAAGAUAAUGAGAAUGGCUGAAUUAUAUCCUGAUGACUUUGAUAGGUCCAACAUGAGAGCUCUUGAGAAUCAACUUGUUAAUUACAUUAUUGAUGUUCGUGAUAAUGAUGAAAGGUUCUCCAAUUUGGGUGGACUUGGGGAACUUUCAAGAAAGUUGGUUGAGACAAAGAAGCAUUUAAACUAUUCUCUUGUAUUUCUUUGA